AUGGUACUGAUCCCUGUCAGAUCCCAGGUGACUAUGUUGCCUCCAGCCAAAAGACCAUCAUCGUCCUUGUUCAGACACCCCUCCUCACCCAGUGUAAAUGUCGCAGAAGAAAGCGAUACUUCCAGGAGAGUGAAAUGUCGUGUAACGCAACAUGAACAUGAAUCCCCCUUUCUUAUCGAUCAACACCAAAAUGAAGCUAAUACUGCUAAUACCUCUACAUAUCAUAUACUCUCAGCUAACCGUGUGCUAGAUCGAAGCACAUACAGUGAGCAUCCUCAAGAACAAGAAUCGUACUUGCCUGAAUCUCUUCUUCCUUUUCCUACUCCUUCACCAUACCAUCAGUAUCGUCAUUCGGCUCAGAUACCACAAUAUGACAGGUAUCCUACUCGUGAUCGACAAUCUCCUUUCCUCGAUUAUAAGCCUCGAUCUCUUCUCUCAUCAAACAGCUUACCCAUUUCCAGUCCCAUUCAAGGCACAACUGUCUUCCCGAUCUCCCAUGUCAACGAGGACGAACUCGAAAAGUAUUUAAACCAAGAAGGGGUACUUGGCAAUAAUACGGACAGAAACAUCAAACAGUGGACAAAUGACGGAAGUCCAGUUAUGGGAUCAGAUGAGAUCAACCGUUAUGCGAAUCCUGGGGAGGAAGAAGCUUUAGAUGAAGAACAGACAGAAAAGGUAGUAGGUAAAAGGAUUCUCGCAAUACACGGUCCGUACGUUGGAAAUAUAGGUGCCGCUUGGUAUGAUCCGGAAAAGCGAAAGAUACAAGUUUUGGAAGACACAAAAGAUACUUUGGGAUGGGAUUUGGCUCUGUUAUUAAUGGAACAGGUUCAGCCCGAACUUAUCGUAAUAAGCAGCAAAACACAAGAUGGGCUGGUUGAUCAAGCUAGAUUAUGGGACGAACAAAACGAUAGAAGCGGUUUUGAAUUACAAUCCACUCGAUUGCUUAUCCUCGCGAACCAAUACUGCUCACCCGGUUAUGCCUUCAGCCAGCUUGCUACCCUUAAUCUACCUGAUGAUGCCUUAUUACCUCAAGCUGACCAUGCCAUUGAAACUUCAUCUUUCUCUGAAGAAGCUACCACUCGUUGCGUGGGCCAGCCUUGGCUGGAUUCCAACGCUGGAAUGGGAAAAACCCGCUUAAGCCUGGUUAAACUAGGAUGCUGGGUGAAUGUGGAUGCUCCCCUAGCCACGGCUGCUACUGGGGCUCUAAUACAUCAAAUUAAGAAAGAAUUGAGUGAAGAUCUCGAGUCAGGAGGGGAUCGUUCUCCUCUUCAGCUAAACAGCAUCGAAAGCAUGGAACUUGAACGACACAUGCGAAUAAAUAAGGACGCUCUGACUUCUCUUGGAAUAUUUGACGUAGAAGCUCAUGGGUCCAUGUUUCGUACAGAUCAUAAACCAGCGGUUUCUAUACAUGGUCUUCUUGAUACCUGCGUUACCCCUCUCGGUAAGAAGUUGUUCCACACAUGGCAUCUCCGACCGUUGGCAGAUCUAAAAGAAAUCACUGCUCGACAUGACGCUGUUUCCCUUUUAUCUGCCCAUGAGAACGUCUCAAUGGUCGCAGACAUAUCAAAUCAUAUGAAAAGAAUCAAAAACUUGCCAGCCGUUUUUGGCAAAUUGAAAUCCGGUGCGGUGAAAUACAGGGAAUGGAUAAACAUCAAAGAUACUUUGUCGGCUGUGGGAAUCGUUCAAGGAAAGAUCUUGGAUAUGGCUGGACACACUGAAGUACCUGUCAUCAACAGACUGCGUACCGGCAUAUCACCCGAGGUAGACAUCAUGUUCAAUUCAAUCCAAGCGGUUAUCGACUGGGACGUCUCGAAAUAUCAAUCCCACAUGGGUGUCAGGCUGGGCGUGAAUCAAGAAUUGGACGAGAUGAAGCAGACUUAUGCGGGUCUCGAUGGUCUUCUGACCGAAGUCAGUCGCCCGUUGCGAUAUAAAAUUCCAAGAGGGAUCGCUACAAGCUUCAACGUGCUAUAUCUUCCUCAAAUAGGAUUUUACUCAGUCAUAGGUGUGGAUGAGAGCAUGUCACCACCUGAAAUAUCGGGCUGGGAAUGUAAAUUCAGUACUCCUGAUAAAUUUUACUAUAAGAACCAAGAAAUGCAUGAAUUGGAUAUGCACUUUGGUGAUAUAUAUAUCAGGAUGACCAACGCAGAGAUCGAUCAGGUUCAAUUUCUGGUUGGAGCUUUACUCGAACGUGAAGCUUCCUUGUUGUCUUCCAUCGAUGUCAUUGCUGAACUAGACUGCCUUUUGGCGCUAUCCCAAGCGGUCCGAGCAUAUGAUCUUCAUCGUCCUACGAUGACAAACGACAACACGCUGAAGGUCAGGGAAGGGCGACACAUUCUUUACGAUAGAGUCUGUGAUCGUUACAUCUCAAACGAUAUUGUCUUAGAAAGUGGUCCAGAUGGUGAUCAUCAUAACAUGGUAAUCGUGACUGGAGCGAAUGGAUCUGGUAAAUCAGCUUAUGGAAAACAGGUGGCCGUGCUUGUCUUCAUGGCUCAGAUAGGGAGCUUUGUCCCAGCCAAAGAAGCAGUUGUCGGCAUCUGUGACAAAAUAUUCACUCGUCUCCAAACCAAAGAAUCUUCGUCCAAGCACGCUUCGGCAUUCAUGAUAGACCUUGGACAAGUAUCUCAAGCCCUUCGAGGUGCAACUGAAAGAUCUCUGAUCAUUCUUGACGAGUUCGGCAAAGGCACUAUCACCUGGGAUGGCGCUGGCCUCUUGGCGGGAGUGAUACACUAUCUUCAAAAAGGGCUAUGUCCUAGAACAGUGGUGCUUACGCACUUCCACGAAUUGAUCACUCAGCGGUUUUUGGACGACGUUGACGGAGUCAUGUUUGCUUACAUGCGAACGAUGAUGUCGGAGAAUAAUGAGCUAAAUUUCCUGUACAAAUUAGCACCAGGAUCAAGUCAUACUUCUUAUGCAGCUCAAUGCGCUUCGCAGCACGGAAUUCCCCAGGAGAUCGUCGAAAGAGCUAAAUUCGUCACCGCUUGCGUUUCUAAAUUUGAGCUUAGCAAGAUAUACAACACUGCCCCUACACCCCAACAGGAACGACAGAUAGAAGCGAACGAUGAGUUGGCAAAACGCUUCAUGGCAUGGAGGAUGGACCCAGAAGUGGAUGAGAUCAAGUUGACCUUACAGAAGCUGCUGGAAGAUACCGAUGUCAAUCAAGUUGAAGAGUCGGAUAAGGAAUCUGACCCUAGUUCCCGCUUCAAAGACUUACCAGAAAAUAUUGAAGGGAGUGUUGCUUUGGAAGAUGUUGACGACGGGAUGUCGUAUGGUGAAAUCAGACAUGACGAAGGUGGACCCAAUAAUCGUAGAAUAUAUGACGAGUGUGAUGAGGUCGAAGUAGAUCAGCUGGACGGAUCUGAAGAUGAUAAUCCUCAACGGGAUCAAUAUUGGUAUCAGGGGAGGGACGAAUAA